AAGAAAUCUGUCCAUUUUCAUUGUCUUAGGAAAUUGGGAGGAGAAGGCAAGAAUGGAAGCAUUGACCAUGCAUUUAGAAUACUUUGAAAACUCCGAAACAGCCUCGAUUAUGAAGGAGAUUUCUCAUUUGAUCUCUUCUUCGUCUUAUUUCUCUCUCUUUCUUUUUCAUUAUUGACUUUGAUAUGAUCAAAACAGUAUAUCAAAGCAGCGGCAGCGGCUCUCUUCUUCAUUUUCUUGAAAUUUUCAAAUCGACCAAGAUCGGUUUUGGACUCAAAAUUUCCAGUUGAGAAAUAGAGAAAACCAAGUACUUGAAGAGGACUAUUGGUAUCUAUUACAGCAAUCCACAUUGAGCUUUUUUGUAUACAAUUAAGGAGAAAAGGGCCUAAGUAAACAUAUCGAGGUUUCAGGUUUUGAAGUCUUUUAAAGUUUCUGGAGAUGGCUAGUGUCCAAGAUCAACUAGAAAUCAAGUUUAGAUUGAUUGACGGAUCAGAUAUUGGACCUAAAACCUUUCCUCCUGCAACCAGUGUUGCAACCUUGAAGGAAAGUGUUCUUGCUCAGUGGCCUAAAGAGAAGGAGAAUGGUCCAAGGACAAUGAAAGAUGUCAAGCUAAUUAGUGCAGGAAAAAUACUGGAGAAUAACAAAACAUUGGGAGAAUGCCAGAGCCCUCUUUGCAGUAUUCCUGGUGGGGUGACGACUAUGCAUGUCAUUGUUCAACCUCCUCUGGAGAAAGAGAAGAAAGCAAUAAGCCAACCGAAGCAGAACAAAUGUUUGUGUGUCAUAUUAUAAUCUGCAACCUGAAAGGGGGCAACAUCAUUUUCAGGUGGUCCGUUAAUUUUAUGUUAUUCAGACUCUUCAUUUUUUUCCUAAAGUAGUUAUAUUUGACGCCUAUGUUCAACAUGUAAUUGAGCAUACCCGUCGGAAUCACGCCCUAGUACUCUAAACCAAGUUACAUGCAAACAAAUUUUCCUCAGAUGAAGAGUGUCAGAAACUGAAGUUGCGGAUCAGUGAUGGUGGUUGGCAAUGGCAUCAUGCACAUUAAUCAUAUAGGUCAUAUGAUUGUUUCGUUUUGUUUUGUUUUUUUCCUUCUGCUGGUCUAUGCCUUACAAGUUAUAUGUGUAAUUGAUGAUUGUCCAUCCAUUUUGUUCACUUUGUUCUAUUUUCACAUAAAUUGUACUCUGCUGCUAUCAAGCAACUUAAUCUCGGAUUUCAUGUCCAAAUACAUCUCGUAGGACGCGUUUUCAUGGAAUUUUUAUGUUUCAGAAUCAUCUUUCCUUUGUAUAGUACAUUACCAUUUCUUUUUGAUAGUGUAACUUGACUCGGAACUCGAAUUUGUGUCUUUGUUCAUAGUUUUACCAAGAAUAAAUGUUGUGAGUUUGAGAGUUGUUGCCUUA